AUGGGAGUCAACGUAGAAACGCUUUCACCAGGGGAUGGGUCUUCGUAUCCCAAAAAAGGUCAAACUGUAGUGGUGCACUACACUGGCACCUUGACGAAUGGACAGAAAUUUGACUCAUCGCGCGACCGUGGCAAGCCUUUCAAGUUCAAGAUUGGUAAGGGAGAAGUGAUCAAAGGAUGGGAUGAAGGAGUUGCUCAGAUGUCUGUUGGUGAAAGGGCAAAGUUAACCUGCUCUCCGGACUAUGCUUAUGGACAGCAAGGUCAUCCAGGAGUAAUUCCUCCGAAUGCUACUCUGAUCUUUGAUGUGGAACUCAUUCGUCUUGAA